AUAAAACAUUAAGAUGAAAUAAUAAAAAGAACAUUUUAAAAUUUAAACCUAUUUAUUUAUUAUCCCCGACGAAGAAGAAAAUUUGGAAAUCGGCCAUUAAACUGCAAAUUUCUGAUCGAUGAACCUUUCGAAGCUUCAACCAGUGACGAUGAGAACUUCAGAGCUUUCAACUCCAACCAAUCCAACGAAUGCUGCAGAAUGCAAGGACAGGCCCCUUAAACCGCCGUUCAGGCCUGCUAAAGAUGACACCAAACUUGUUCUCCAAGAUCCGAUACGAAGGUCAGAUCCAAUUGAGACAGAGGAAGCCGUGCUCCGACCACCUCCCUUCCAAUUCUCUGUUUCGAAAUCGAAGAACUCUUCUAAAAUGGGAUGAAAAUGAUGUUUUUUUUUUUUUUUUUACAUUCUGUCUGUUCUUGGUUCAUGAUGUGAUCACGUGGUGGAAUUUCGAACAAUUAAUGAAAAUAGAAAGUCCAGUUUUUUCUACUCGAGACCGAAUAGUAAUUCCACUAUCCAGUUGAAUCAAAUUUAGCUUCCAAGU